UAGGAGAAGAUAAGUGGUGAAGGACCUGUGAGGAUGGUCAUGUGACAGGAGUGGGCGGGGCUCAGCAGUAGGAGAAGAUUAGUGGUGAAGGACCUGUGAGGAUGGUCAUGUGACAGGAGUGGGCGGGCUCAGCUGGGAGGAGGUGCAGUGUGUGAGGUAAGAUUCCAUGAGGAUUUUGUUAUAUUGGAGAUUUAUCAGGACAUUUAUGAAGCUUUUUUCUCUGGGUCCGUGCGACUUUUUGUGCGAAUAUUGGGCCCCAUCCUCUCCAAUAUAGUCCCCGCCAGGACUAUUUCCCUCCAGUUGUCUCCUCUUCUCCUGAAUGACCCCCAAGGAUGGACAAGGACAGGAAUGAGAUGACUAAGAGAAUAUUACACUUCACCUUGGAGAUCCUCCACCUGCUGACCGGAGAGGAUUACACCAUAGUGAAGAAGACAUUGGGGGAGUGUGUGGCCCCCAGCAGCCAUCUCCAUGAGUCAGGAGGACGGAGCAGGGCCCGGGGCCCCAUCAUGGAGUCUCCACCUCACUCACUGAUACAUGAGGAGAAGAUCCUAGAACUCAUCCACAGGAUCACUGAGCUGCUGACUGGAGAGGUUCCUAUAAGGUGUCAGGAUGUGGCGGUCUAUUUCUCCAUGGAGGAGUGGGAGUAUGUAGAAGGACACAAGGAUCUGUACCAGGACAUAGUCAUGAUGGAGGAUCACCGGCCCCUCACAUCACAAGAUGGAGUGAUUGAUAGAAAUCCACCCGAGAGGUGUCCCCGCCCUCUGUAUUCCCAGGACUGUCCAGAGGGAAAUGUCCCAAAGAACCAUCAGGGUGAAGAUCUGAUGGAUAUUAAGGUUGAGGUUAAAGAUGAACCAGAAGAGGAGACGGAUUUCGGGGCUGAUCAGCAGUAUGGAGUCAUUGAUAGAAAUCCACCCGAGAGGUGUCCCCGCCCUCUGUAUUCCCAGGACUGUCCAGAGGGAAAUGUCCCAGAGAAGCAUCAGGGGGGAGAUCUGACUAAUAAUAAAGUGGAGGAUGAAGAAGAGAGGAUGAGGGGCCAUCACCCGUGUAUGAGGGGAGUGAAGGAGGAAAUUCCAGGAGGUGUUGUCCCAGGAAAUCCCAGUAAGAAUGAGGGAAACGUCCUGUUAUCCCUGAAUAAUAAACGAGAAGAUGGAGAGAUCAUGGAGCGCUCCUCAGGACAAGAUGGAGAGAUCAUGGAGCGCUUCUCAGGAGAAGAUGGAGUGAUCAUGGAGCGCUCCUCAGGACAAGAUGGAGAGAUCAUGGAGCGCUCCUCAGGAGAAGAUGGAGAGAUCAUGGAGCGCUCCUCAGGAGAAGACCUCCUUACCCCUAAUGUCCAUCCAGAUCUAUCCUAUAAUAAUCCCCCUGAUCAUGGGGAACCUUCUCCUGACCAACCACACAUUGUUACAAACAGAAAGAAGCUGUAUGUGUGUUCAGAUUGUGGACAAUGCUGUUUAAGGCAAUCAGAUCUUACUAUACAUGAGAGAACUCAUACAGUAGAGAAGCCAUAUUUAUGUUCAGAAUGUGGGAAAUGCUUUAAACAUAAAUCACGUCUUGUGUUACAUGAGAGAAUUCACACAGGAGAGAAGCUACAUUCAUGUUCAGAAUGUGAUAAAUGUUUUACAUGUAAAUCGCUUCUGGUUCGACAUGAGAGAAGUCACACAGGAGAGAAGCCACAUUCAUGUUCAGAAUGUGAAAAAUGUUUUACAAGUAAAUCGCAUCUGGUUAGACAUGCGAGAAUUCACACAGGAGAGAAGCCACCACAUUCAUGUUCAGAAUGUGAUAAAUGUUUUACAUGUAAAUCACAUCUGGUUAGGCAUGAGAGAAGUCACACAGGAGAGAAGCCACAUUCAUGUUCAGAAUGUAUGAAAUGUUUUAUAACUAAAGCAGAGCUUAAAAGACAUCAGAGAACUCACAUAAAAGAGAAGCUAUUUUCAUGUUUAGAAUGUGGGAAAUGUUUUAGGACUAAAGGAGAGCUUGUUCUACAUGAGAGAAUUCACACAGGAGAGAAAGCAUUUUCAUGUUUAGAAUGUGGGAAAUAUUUUAGAGCUAAAGGAGAGCUUGUUAGACAUGAGAGAAGUCACACAGGAGUGAAGCCAUUUUCAUGUUCAGAAUGUAAGAAAUGUUUUGGAGCUAAAUCAGAUCUUGUUAGACAUGUGAGAAGUCACACAGGAGAUAAGCCAUUUUCGUGUUCAGAAUGUAGGAAAUGUUUUAGAGAGCAUUCAGAUCUUGUUAUACAUCAGAGAACUCACACAGGAGAGAAGCCAUUUUCAUGUUUAGAAUGUGGGAAAUAUUUUAGAACUAAAGGAGCGCUUGUUAGACAUCAGAGAAGUCACACAAGAGAGAAUCUACAUUCAUGUUCAGAAUGUGAGAAAUGUUUUGGAGCUAAAUCAGAUCUUGUUAGACAUGUGAGAAGUCACACAGGAGAGAAGUCAUUUUCGUGUUCAGAAUGUAGGAAAUGUUUUAGAGACCAUUCAGAUCUUGUUAUACAUCAGAGAACUCACACAGGAGAAAAGCCGUAUUCAUGUUCACAAUGUGGGAAAUGUUUUAGAACUAAAUCACAUCUGUGUAGACAUGAGAGAUGUCACACUGGACAAAAGGAAUUUUCAUGUGCAGAAUGUAUAAAAUGUUUCAUAACUAAAGCGGAUCUUGCAAGACAUCAGAGAACUCACACAGGAGAGAAGUCAUUUUAAUGUUCAGAAUGUGGGAAAUGUUUCUUAACUAAUUUAUAUCUUGUUAUAUGUGAGAGAAGUCACAGGAUAGAAGCCGCAUUCAUGUUCAGAAUGUGGGAAAUUUAUUUUUUUUCUACAGAAAUCCCAUCUUGUUAGAGAUGAGAGAAGUCACAAUCAUGUUCAGAAUGUGGGAUAUGCUUUAUACAUAAAUCAGGCCUUGUUGGACAUGAGAGAAGCCACAUUCAUGUUUAGAAUGUAGAAAAUGUUUCACAACUAAAGCAGAGCUUGGUAGACAUGAGACAACUCAGACAUUAAACAUUAAGCAGAGAUUCUAGGAGAUUCCGGAAUAGAUGAAAGUAGUUUAUUUUUUUAUUUUUUUCCAUCUCUUCCGCCCCCCCCCCCUCCCUCUUCUUGUAAUCUUGGGGAUUUGAUGUAAAGUGUUUAAUGUUACUUUAUAUAUGAUAUAUUGAUAUGUGUAUAUAGGCGGAGAUAUGACAUUGUUAUUUUUGUAUGUAUGAUGUAGAAAUGAUGUAUGUAAAAGCUCUGACCAGUCUCAGCAAUCUUAUGAUUGCUAUAAAUAGUCCUCUAUGGGGGACGUAAAAAGUAAAAAAGCCCUCCCCCAAUAAAAAUGUAACCCCCUAAGGACUCAAAACAAUUGGAGAUUUUCCUAUCCUUGAUGACAGAAAAUAUAGAUGUUAUUAAAGACAGGAGGUGAACAUUAUGCCAUCUCUUCUUUACUGAUAAAAUAUAGCAGCAAGGGUUAACAUAACGUUAAAGGAGUACUCCGGCGCUAAGACAUCUUAUCCCCUAUCCAAAGGAUAGGGGAUAAGUUGCCUGAUCGCUGGGGACCCCCAUGAUCUUGCACUCAGCACCCUGUUAUAAUCAGUCCUGGACCAUGUUCGCUCCGGGUCUGAUUACUGGUGAUCACGGGGGCCGGAGCAUUGUGACGUCAUGGCUCCGCCCCUGUGUGACGUCAUGCUCCGCCCCCUCAAUGCAAGGCUAUGGGAGGGGGCAUGACGGCUCCGGGGACUGAUUAUAACGGGGUGCUGCGUGUAAGAUCACGGGUCCCCAGUGGCGGGACCCCUGCAAUCAGGCAUCUUAUCCUUUGGAUAGGGGAUUAGAUGUCUUAGUGCCGGAGUACCCAUUUAAAGGGGUACUCCGGUGAAAGCCUUUUUUCUUU